UCUCUCUCUCUCUCUCUUCUCCAUUUUCUGGGGUUUCCCCCUCCUCUGUUUUGGGACAUCUUCCGCCAUCUAUACCAGAAUCUUCAGCUUUUUCUUUAUGAUUUGUUGAUAUGAAGAAGGUGAAAGUAAAUAGUUAUUCACCCACUGGUGUUCUUGAAGAUUAUCUGAGAAGUUUAGAAUCUGAUACAAUAUCUUCAAAAGAAAGCACAUCAGGAAGUGAAGAUCAAAAGGCUUCAUCCAAAUGGAUAGAUUUUGUUCAUCUCAUUAGAAGCAAAUCAAAGAGAUGUUUACCAACAUUUCAUCCAAUCAGCAGUGGAUUGCAGUUUUCAAGAAGAUUAAGUAGUAGUUUUAGAGAACAAAUAGGAGGUAUAGUUGUUGGUCAACCAUCAUCAUCAUCAUCAUCAUCUCCAAUUGCACCAGAUAUCAACUAUUUCAAGCCUCAUUGGAAGAACUUUACUUUCUCUCAGUUACAAUCUGCCACCAACAACUUCUCAAAUGAAAACAUGAUUGGAAAGGGAGGUUAUGCCGAGGUUUACAAAGGGGUUUUGAAAAAUGGGCAAAUUGUCGCUGUUAAGCAACUCACACGAGGCCCUAUCGAKGAAAGAACCGCGAGCUUUUUAUCCGAGCUUGGGAUAAUGGCUCAUGUUAACCAUCCAAACUCGGCCAAAUUGAUCGGUUAUGGUGUUGAAGGAGGAUUGCAUCUUGUUCUUGAGUUAUCUCCCAAUGGUAGUUUAGCUUCAUGGCUUCAUGCAUUGAGGGAGAAACUGAAUUGGGACAUUAGAUAUAAGGUUGCUUUAGGAACAGCRGAAGGUUUACUUUAUCUUCAUGAAGGAUGUCAAAGGAGAAUCAUCCAUAGAGAUAUCAAGGCUGCAAAUAUAUUGCUUACAGAAGACUUUGAACCCCAAAUUUGUGAUUUCGGGCUCGCGAAAUGGCUGCCGGAGCAUUGGACUCAUCAUACCGUUUCGAGAUUCGAAGGCACAUUUGGUUAUUUGGCUCCCGAGUACUUGAUGCAUGGCAUAAUCGAUGAAAAGACCGAUGUUUUCGCRUUCGGUGUAUUGUUGUUGGAACUUAUUAGCGGUCGUAGAGCUCUAGAUUACUCGCAACAAAGUCUUGUUUUAUGGGCAAAACCRUUGCUCAGAAAGAACAACGUUCGAGAGCUUGUCGAUCCUUCGCUUGCCGACAAUUGUGACACACGRCAAUUGCACCUCAUGGUUUUGGCUGCGUCUUUAUGCAUCCAACGAUCAUCCAUUCGACGGCCCGAUAUGAACCAGGUUUUACAGCUCCUAAAAGGCCAACAAGACGGAUGGGAGUUCGCAAUAAAAAAUUGUAGACGGGGGUCAUCGUUGAAGAAAAGUUACGAAGAGCUUUUUAGAGCGGAAAAAUGCAGCUUAACACAUCCCAUAAGACGGAUCAAAGGGGCUGAUUCCGGCUUUUCUACUACAACACUUGGUGAAAUUUUGAAGUAGAAAUCAUGUAUUAUGUGCAUAUAUAAACACUCAUGUUUUUUUGCCUAUUAUGCUCUCAUUGAAUCGAAGUUCUUUUAGAACGGUUGUUGAUUCUUGUCGUUUUACGAAUGGAAGAAAAGGUCGUUSAUGAA